CUCGAUCUCCACCUCGUCGUGGAACACGGCCAUGCCGCCGGGGAGCGGCGGAGCCGGGCCGGGGCGGACGGGAAGAGGCGGCGCCUGACGGGGCACGAGGGCGGCGCUGCCCGUGACGGGAUGCGGCGGCGGGAACCAGUGAUUCUGAAGACUGCCUGAUCGUCAUGGCUCAUGCUACUAUUUAUGUGGGUUGCACCGUUCCUCAAUUACUGAGAGGUGCUCAGAGCAGGAUUUUUCCCUCUCAUUCUCCACUGGGGGUGUUGAGGCACUCUGCUUUUUGUUACUGCACAGGCAACGGCACAAUCAAAUCAAAAAGGAAAAUGGAUCAUCUAGAGAGGACAGCAAAUAAUUUUCGACAGGAGGUCAUUACACAAGCAAAAGUGUGUGGGAUCACCAAUGAAUCAGAGACGGUCAAAAGGCUUCGUUUGGCAAUUGCAAAUAAGGAUUUCACUUUCAAAGCAGGACAAUGGGUUGAUUUCUUUAUUCCUGGAGUAUCUGUAGUUGGGGGAUUCUCAAUAUGUUCAAGCCCUGGCCUGUUAGAACGAGAAGGAAUACUGGAGCUGGCAGUGAAGCACACUGCUCAUCCUCCUGCUCACUGGAUUCACACUGAGUGUACUCUUGACUCAGAAGUGGCUCUGCGAGUGGGAGGUGAUUUCUUCUUUGAUCCUCAGCCUGGUGACUCCCCAGUAAACCUAGUGCUGAUAGCAGGGGGUGUUGGAAUUAACCCAUUGUUUUCUAUACUGCUGCAUAUAGCAGAUCUUCAUGGAUACCAAGAGGGUAAAGGAAAUAGACACAAACUGGGAACAGCGAAGCUGCACUACAGUGCAAAAAAUACCAGCGAACUCUUGUUUAAGAAAAAUAUUCUUGGUUUGAUGAAGGCAUUUCCUGGAAAGAUCUCGUGUUGUUUCCACGUCACCCAGCAGCGCUCACAGAUCUGUAAAGAGCUGCAGCCACACAUCACAGAGGGAAGAAUAUCUGAAAAGGAUCUAGAGAAACACGUAUCUAAUGAUACUUCGUGGUACAUCUGUGGUCCCCCUCCAAUGAUAGAAUCUAUAUCCAAGCUACUCACUAACAUUGGUGUUCCUAGAAACCGUGUUUUCUUUGAGAAAUGGUGGUAGUGACACCUGCUGAAGAGAAAAUUAUAGUAUUUUUUCCAGUGCAUUUUGAUAAAAUGUACAGAGAUGGACUAUGAAUUAUUUUGAAGAUUUUAAUGAAGAUGUCCUCAAUGAUUAUCUGUAAUACACCUGUAAUACAGUGCUGCUGCUUUGGGGAAAGAAAAGUGAUUUUAUAUUAAAGACAUUAACUGUUCUGGUGUUUUGAUGGUUUGCCUUUUCUUAUGGGUAGCAGCAUGUUUUCACUUUAUAUACUUGUCCUGUUAGUCAGCUUUUAAAAGACUUUUUCAGUGCCUGAUUCAACACUUGUAGAGAAUUAGUUGUGCAGCAAUACCAGGUAUGUUUGUAAGGAUAAUUCAGGCCACAACCUCUGA